AUGGCUGAUCCCGUGACCACCCAAACCUCCUCAGCUUUGCCUCCUCCUCCGACCCGUCCACUGGAAUAUGAGGUGUUCCUCAGUUUUCGAGGUUUUGACACUCGAAAAGGUUUUACUGACCAUUUGUACAAGGCUUUGAUUCGGAAUGGAAUCCACACUUUCAGGGAUGAUGAACAACUGAAGAGUGGAAAACCCAUUUCGAAGGAACUCUACAAAGCAAUUGAGGAAUCGAACAUUUCAGUCAUCAUUCUUUCAACAAACUAUGCGACCUCCACAUGGUGUCUGGAUGAACUUGCGAAAAUGGUUGAACUGGCAAACAAUGAGUCCAGAUUGAUUUUGCCCGUGUUCUACAACGUGACGCCAUCCGAAGUACGAGAGCAAACUGGAGAUCAAUUUAAAAAGGCAUUUGCUCAACAUGAUAAAGAUUUCGAAGGUGAGCCAGGAAAGGUGGCAAGGUGGAAGAAGUCUCUCAAUGCAAUAGCCGAACUCGAAGCCGAAGGAUUUGAUCUGACAAAAUUUAGAUACGAGACAGAUAUGAUUGAAAAGAUAGUUGAACGUAUUUUUGGUGCUUUGAUUAAAACAUUCUCAAAUGAUGAUUUAAAGGACUUUGUUGGAAUGGAUCGUGUAAAUGAAAUUAAAUCCAAAAUGAGUUUGUCUAUGGGUAAGGAAGAAGUUCGUGUAAUAGGGAUUUGUGGGAUGGCAGGGAUUGGUAAGAGUACUGUUGCAAAAGCUCUUUGUCAAAGAAUUCGCAGUCAAUUUGAUGCUAUCAGUUUCAUUUCUAAGGUUGGAGAGAUAUCUAAAAAAAAAGACUUAUUUCACAUCAAAAAACAACUUUGUGAUCACUUGUUGGAUAAGAAAGUAACCACAAAGGAUGUCGAUGAUGUGAUACGUACAAGAUUGCGUGACAAACAGGUGCUUAUAAUUCUUGACAACGUGGAUGAAUUAAAACAAAUAGAAGCUGUAGCUGGAAGUGACUGUGGAGGCUUAUCCAAUCGGUUUGGUAAGGGAAGUAGAAUCAUCGUAACCACAACAGAUGAAAGGUUGUUGAUAGAUUAUAAGCACCGAGAAAUAUACACAAUUGAGAAACUUACUCCGGAUCAAGCUCUUCUUCUCUUCUGUCGGAAAGCCCUCGAAACAGACCAUCCCACUGAUGCUUUUAAGAAGUUGUCUAACGAAUUUGUCGAUUACAUUGAUGGUCAUCCAUUGGCUCUUGAAGUUUUCGGUCGCUCCUUACGGGACAGAAAAGAAGACUAUUGGUCUACUAAAUUGAAGUCUUUAAAAGAUAAUAACUACUCUGGUGAGGAGAAAAUUAUUGGUGUUCUUAAAGCAAGUUUUGACGGAUUAGAGAAUCAAGAACAGAAGGACAUGUUUUUGGACACUGCAUGUUUCUUCAAAGGCGAGGAUGUAUGUCGUCUAGAAAAGAUAUUUGAAAGUUGUGGUUACUAUCCAAGCAUCAAUAUGGACAUCCUCUGUGAGAAAUAUUUAGUAAGUAUGGUAGGAGGAAAAUUGUGGAUGCAUGAUUUACUACAAAAAAUGGGCAGAGAUAUUGUUCGUGGAGAAUCCAAAAAGGAAGGAGAACGCAGCAGAUUGUGGCAUCAUACAGUUGCCCUUCCUGUACUGAAGAAAAAUAAGGUGAGAAGGGACAAAACUGUUGAAGGUAUUUUCCUAAGCUCGCCUCAGCCAGACAAAGUACACUUGAAGAAAGAUCAAUUCUCAAACAUGGACAAUCUAAGAUUGUUGAAGAUUUACAAUGUGGAAUUUUCUGGAUGUCUUGAAUAUCUUUCAGAUGAGUUAAGCUUAUUGGAAUGGCACAAAUGUCCUUUAAAAUCUCUGCCUUCAAGUUUCGAACCCGACAAACUUGUUGAACUGAACUUGUCUGAAAGCGAAAUAGAGGAAUUAUGGGAGGAAAUUGAGAGACCCUUGGAAAAGCUGGCGCUUGUCUGCGGUUCCCAACGAUAUCAACUUGAGAUCUCUCACAAAUUUCAUUCUUUCGGGUUGUUCCAAACUCAAAAACUUCCAGAGAUUGGGAAGGACAUGAAACAAUUAAGGAAGCUUCAUUUAGAUGGGACAGCAAUAGAAGAGCUACCAACAUCAAUCAAGCAUUUGACUGGCCUUAUUCUGCUCAAUCUUAGAGACUGCAAGAACCUUUUGAGUCUGCCAGACGUCAUUGGCACUAGUUUGACAUCACUUCAAAUACUCAACGUCUCAGGUUGUUCCAAUCUUAAUGAGUUACCAGAAAAUUUAGGGAGUUUAGAAUGUCUACAGGAGCUCUAUGCAAGCAGAACAGCUAUACAAGAGCUACCAACAUCAAUCAAGCAUUUGACUGACCUUACUCUGCUCAAUCUCAGAGAAUGCAAGAACCUUUUGACUCUGCCAGAUGUCAUUUGUACUAAUUUGACAUCACUUCAAAUUCUCAACCUCUCAGGAUGUUCGAAUCUUAAUGAGUUACCAGAGAACUUGGGCAGUUUAGAAUGUUUACAGGAGCUUUAUGCUAGCGGGACUGCUAUAAGCCAAGUACCUGAAAGCAUCUCUCAGCUGUCUCAGCUUGAAGAACUUGUUUUGGAUGGUUGUAGCAUGCUUCAAUCAUUGCCACGACUUCCAUUUAGUAUAAGAGCUGUAAGUGUACAUAAUUGUCCUCUCCUGCAGGGAGCACAUUCAAAUAAAAUAACGGUGUGGCCUUCAGCUGCUGCCGGAUUCAGUUUUCUAAAUCGCCAAAGACACGACGACAUAGCUCAGGCGUUUUGGUUACCUGAUAAACAUCUAUUGUGGCCAUUCUAUCAAACAUUCUUUGAGGGUGCCAUUCGGCGUGAUGAAAGGUUUGAAUAUGGUUAUCGAUCGAAUGAAAUUCCAGCAUGGUUGAGCCGUCGAAGUACUGAAUCCACCAUAACAAUCCCGCUGCCUCAUGAUGUAAAUGGUAAGAGUAAAUGGAUAAAACUUGCUCUGUGCUUUAUUUGUGAAGCAGCCCAGAAGCAUGAUAGUUUGGAAGAUGUACCAGAAUUUGAUGAGGAAUUGGGAUUAAAAUUCACUCGCAAUCACCGUAUUGAACUCUGUACAACUGAAGAUCCUCAUGAACGUCUCCUUGCGCUUGAUUACCGUGAUUGCAAUUUCGCUGGACCAUUUAUACAUUGGUGUUUUAUACCACAGAGUGACCUUGCAGAAAGUUCGAAUAAACGCUUGAUCCAAGCUACAAUUACACCUGAUAGCACAGGGACAAGGGUUACAGGGUGCGGGGUGAGUCUCAUAUACUUGGAAGAUGUGCCCAAAUUCGUCCAGAAAUUGAAUAAACACUAUAGUUAUUGCUAUCACGGCUAUCAGCCUGAACAAGAAGAAGAUGGUAUGAGAAGUAUUCCGUUGACAAGUGGGGUUCAAACUGAACAAGAUGAAGUACAGGAACAAGAAACUACUACUUCAACCCGGAUUGUGGGUCAAUUGAGAAGAAACGUGGAGUCAUUGCUUGAAAAACUAUUUGAGGGAUUACAGCGGGGCCUUCCGAAUCUCUAUGAUUAUGGUUUUAUUUUUUGUCUGCGAGAAAGAUUACCGUGGUUUAGUGAACAAAGCAGUUCGUCUUCAUGCACAGUAAACUUACGUCUUCCUCCAAAUCUGCACAACAAUGAGAAAUGGGCAGGACUUUCUCUCUACGUUGUCUGUGCUCUGCCUCCAGGUCUUCCGCUUUUUCGCACUUUCUAUGAGUGUCACUUGUAUACACCUAUUGAGGCUGUGGGCCAUGAGCAACUGAUGCAUCGCCUAAUGUUAUCUUCCUCCUUGGAUGACAAUGUGGGGUCACAUCGACUCCUCAUUAUUCAUAUACCACGAGUACGCUUUCCGGAACGUCUGAAUCGCUGUCAUUUCAUUCAGGCUUUAUUUGGAUGUAGAACUCCAGGUGUGGAGGUUGAAAUGUGUGGGAUGCGUCUUGUAUACAACCAAGAUUUGAAAGGGUUGAUCCAAACAAUCGCCCAUUGCACCAAUGAUCGGCCUGCUUACUACGGAACUGGUGAUUUUACAGAAACCAAGAAAUAUAAGGGAAUUAGUUUGGGAGCUACAAGUUUGCUAACGAAUCUGCUUGAAGCAGCCAAAUCCAGCGAGCACAGCUCUGUCAGUGAAGUUUGUCCUCCUUUCAUGCCUAUAGAUUUCCGUCCAGGAACUUAUUUUGCUGAGGACUCCCAACAUGAAAGAAAAACAACACCAAUUCAUCCACUACAGUUCUUUGGCAGUGCCUUUAAUCUUACCAACAAAAUGAGCUCAGAUCAGAAUCAGCUCCUAAGUGGUUCGGGCAUCAAAGCAGUGGCCCCUCUGAAAAUCCUUCUACCAUCAAAUCUAUGUGAAGACACCAACUGGAUAGGACUAGCUUUAUGUGCAUACUUUUCAAUCCUCGACCACUCAACUACCGACCUUGACAAUUUGAAUCCUGAAAUUUCUCACAACCUUACAUGUGUAUUGGAAACUGAUAAAGGUUGUCUGGAAGCUCUCCAUGGCUAUUGCACCAACAGUCAAGAAUUUGAGUGGUUGUAUUGCAUGGGAGGAUUCAUUUGGCUGUCCUAUAUACCACGAUGCUGGUUUUCAGAUCAGUUGAAAGAACGACGCCACCUGGAGGCUUCAAUUGGAAGUGAUCACGGAAGAUUGGGUGUGCAUAGGUGUGGGCUUCGUCUUAUAUAUCUGGAAGAUGAGGAAGGGCUUAAGGAGACCAUAAUGCACUGCAUGACCUCCUUGUCAGAUAUUAAUCACGGAAAAGAUGAGCAAUACCAGAACUGCGAGGCAGGAUCAUCUGGUAUAACUGGCAGCAACAUUAACUUUGGUUGUCACUCUAUGUAUAAUUCUUGUUUCCCUUCAAGCAUCACUCUGGAGUGGUUUGGGGAUCAAAGCAGUGGCUCCUCGAUAAGAGUCCCACUACCACCACAUUUAUAUAGAGCCACUAAUUGGAUAGGAUUGGCUUUAUGCGCAUCCUUUUCAAUCGUGGAUAAUCCAACUGCUGACCUAGACAAUUUGAAUCCAGAAAUUUCUCACCACCUAAUAUGUCACUUGGAGUCGGACAGAGGUACAAUAGAACCUCUCCAUGACUAUUGCACCACCAACGAAGAAUUCCACUGGUUGCCUUUUGGAGGAUUCAUUUGGGUAUCCUAUAUACCACAAGCGUGGUUUUCAGAUCAGUUGAAUGAAUGUGAUGUCCUGGAGGCUUCAUUUGCAAGUGAUCAUGAAGCAUUUACUGUGCACGAGUGUGGGCUACGUCUUGUAUAUCAGCAUGACGAGGAAGAGAUUAGGCAGACCAUAUUGCACUAUGUGAUGUCAUUGUCAGAUAAGAAAGGAAAAAAUAAGCAAUGCCCCACGGGUGACGCGGGAUCAUCUAGUAGGCCUAGCAGCUAUAUUGUGAAACCUCAUCUCGAAAGAUUAGGAAGGCCUAGUGAUGAGAAAUGGGACUUUGAUUGUCACUCCAUAUAUAACUCAUGUUUCCCUUCAAGCAUAACUCUAGAGUGGUUCGGCCAUCAAAGCAAUGACUCCUCGGCAACAAUCUCACUGCCACAUAAUCUAAACUUAGACAGCAAUUGGAUAGGAUUAGCUGUAUGUGCAUACUUUUCAGUCCUGGAGCGUCCAACUGUCGACAUUGACAAUUUGGAUAUUCCAGCAAUUUCUCACCACCUUAUAUGUAAUUUGGAAUCAGAUAGAGACAGUCUAGAAUCUUUGCAUGACUACUGCACCACAAACGAAGAAUUCCUAUGGUUGCAUCUUGGAGGAUUCGUUUGGGUAUCCUAUAUACCACGAGCAUGGUUUUCGGAUCAGCUGAAUGAAUGCGGUGUACUAGAGGCUUCAAUUGCAAGCGAUCAUGAAGCCUUUAGUGUGCAAAAGUGUGGGCUCCGUCUUGUAUAUCAGCAUGAUGAGGAAGAGUUUAAGCAGACCAUAUCUCGUUCUCAGAUAAGAAAGGGAAAAAUAAGCAACACCCUCACCGCCCGUUGA